AUGUCUUUUAGAGGAAGGAACUGGUCCGAUCUCUCCAGCCUGGCCAGGCAGAGGACCCUUGAGGAUGAAGAAGAGCAGCAAAGAGAGCGCAGGCGAAGGCACCGAAACCUGCUGUCCUCCACGUCGAUGGAUGAAGAACCUCCCAGCCCGGUGAAAGACACCAGUCCAGCGUCCAGCAGGCCUGCAUCCCUGGUGAAGCCGGCAUCUCCAGAGGACAAGAAAGAGCAUGAGCUCUCAGAGGUGCUGAAGACACAAGAUGAGAGACGGACAAGGACCCCGAAGGCCGUCUCUGAAAAGCUGAGGCAGGAGAAGGAGCAGCAGGAGCCAAGGGUGGGCUCAAGACAAGCGGAGGCAGAGACGCAGCCAGGCGUGGGGCAGGAGAGCAUCCAGGCUGGAGAGCAAGGUCAGGACACGGCCAAGGGCAGGGGGGAUCCACCAGGAACCCAGCACCCGGAGCCAGCCUUGGAGAGGACGGUGGUGGUGAGGGGACGGCUCCAGGUCAAGGAGGGACAAGGCCUGGGGACGCCUCAGCGGGAGCAGAGCAAGGAGGGGAAGGAGCUGCAGCAGCAGGAGCCACUGGAGCUGGGAGGCUGUCGGCUCCGCGAAGUAAAGAUCCUGACCAGACGGGGAAGCCGCAGUGUGGAGGAGAAGACAGAGACGGCCGUGACCUUGUCUGUGGACCAGCAGCAAUCACCCAGGAAUCCCUCAAAGAAGGAAAUACAGCUGUCUGUCACCCAGGAUGAACCCACAGAACAGUCAGAUACUUCUCCAACUCCCGUCGUCUACAGCAGCUCCAUCAGACGAACCAACCCAAGAACUGUCUCAUUUCGGGUGAUCUCAAGAAAACAGAAAGAAGAAAGCCAAAGCCCCCUCACAAGGAGCGCGAGUCUGAGGAUCCCAGGUAGCAGCACCACUAUUGGGGAGAAGCUGGAGAAGUACACCUCGGCCGUGCAGCGCUCAGAGGGAGCAAAGUCAUCCCUGACCAUUCAGAAGAGCCUUGUGCUGUCCUCGGAGGGGGUGGCCAGCAAACGCAACUUCUUCGAGGCCAGCACUCCCAGCAAGGCUGAGCCAUCUGCCAUCAGGAAGGACAACCUGAAGAUCCCGGGAUCAGUGACAUCCCGCAUCAAUCUGUGGAUCAGCCGAGCUCAGGAGCCUGCCAAGGAGGAAAAAAGCAAGGACAUCAGGAAAAUAAACAGCCUGACAAACCGUGAUGUCUGGGUAAAGCAUCCUGGAGACACCUCUGGAGACACCAAGGUAGACAUGGAGCUGCUUUGA